AUGGCGACCAAUCUACCCUCUACUUUCACCACGAGCGACUCGCAGGACGGCGGAACCAACACACGGCGGCAGAUUCCAUCUGAAUACACCAUUGGGCAUGGGCAAACCACCAGGCCAUUAGUAAAACUACGGGAAAUCAAAGGACACCUGGCCCUCCUUCACCUUUUGGCAGUUUUGAGGUUACGUAUCGAAUCUCUCGAGGUCUCAGUUCUCCACAUGCCAUCAGAUAGUGAGCGGAGAUGGGCAUGGUUCGUUGGUUUGGCUGUGGAGAGAUUUGAUAUAUGGUGCCGUUCAUUGCACAUUGAUGACUCGAGGUUGCAACCGGAAAUCGUCCUGCCGCCCCUUGACGUCCUAAUGGUCUGGCAUUCGUACAUGCUUAACCCGCGAUGGUACGCAGAGGAUUGCCUGCGAAUCCCUGCAUGCGGUGUCCUGCAGAAUUUCGAGCCCCUGUUCGAACAAAUUCUGAAAGGUCAAGUCGUUAUUCCUGAUACCCCGUCUACAGAACAAGUGGACUUUUGGGUGAUAAAGACCUCUCAACCUUUCGACUACGUCGACAGCGCUCAACUUUUCAACCAACGUACAAUCGCAUGUCCUCACUGCACGAUGCCGAUCGCUGUUUAUCUCAUGACUGACAACGGAACGGGCUAUCUCCAACAGAAGUUCACCGCCAACUGUAUCCAAGGCUGCGGAUUACUGGAUAUAACGAAAGAACGACUCGCCUUUCGUAAAUUCGUGCAAGACCUUGCUCAUACUCCUCCUGCGUAUUUGCCUGGAACUUUUUUCAAUCCUGCUUCUCCUGCAGAUCGGAAUGCAUCCAAGGCGACGAAGCGACAAGUGUCAGCAAACAUAGAGGUAUAUGGGUCCUUUAGAGAUCACCCCAAAGGGUCACCGGAAUACAUAAACGCUUACAUCCUCGCGGCAAUCUCUUACGCCAAUUUCUCCAUGUCGAAACUAACCAAGGCGAUAGCUCCUUCGUCGACACUGUAA